CAAAUCCUAACUUAACUCGAACUCAGAAGCUUAGUCAAACGGAUCGUACCCGACCCGUUCUCACCCGCUUCCCCUUCAAAACCCCAAAUUUAGGGUUUUUAAGGUCGCCAAUGGCGAUCGCCUUCUCCACGGGCACCCAUUCCCUUCGCGCCCCGUAUUAUCUCCCCUUCCGCCUCCUCCCCGAAUUCUUCUCCCAAAGAUCGAACCUUUUCCAAACCCUAGCUCCAUUCAUGGGGAGCCAGGGCCCUUCGAAGAGACCUAUUUGCCCUAAUUGCUCCAAACCCUCCAAGCUUUGCCUCUGCUCCCGCCUCAAAUCCCCACCUCUCGACAACUCGAUCGGUGUUACGAUUCUACAGCACAGUUUGGAGGCGAAGCACCCACUCAAUUCCGCUAGGGUUGCGAAGAUUGGCCUCAAGAAUGUUACGGUGAUCCCUGUUACCGACGUCAAUUUCCAAGCCAGGUUCUUUAUACGCCCUCUGGGUUCGGAUUCAUCUUCUGGGGAUUCUUUGAUUGAUGGGAAUCGCUCUGAGAGCUCAGAUUUGGGGGGAAGAUCUGAUUUUGUGACGACUCAUUCGUCCAUAUCGGAAGAUUUUGAUUGGGGAGCUGUGAAUUGUUGCAACAGUGAUGAAUGUGGAGAUGUUUUUGAUGUUUUGUGUAGAAAUAAGUCUCCAAGAUCAUCAAAUAAAGAGAUCAAUUUGACACCUGUAACGUAUCGGAAGGAAAGAUUAGAUUUUGAUGAAUGCAUCACAGUCACCAAAGCUAAAUGCAAGGUAACAUGCUCUCAAAAUGAGCUUGAAAUCACUGUCGAGCGCUCUGCGAAACCCAAUAUCGAUUGGGUAUUAAGAACUCCGAUCGGCAGAGCAUUGAUCUCAAAUGGGUUCGUAGUCAAAAAAUUGCAGAGGAAGCAGUUGAGUGGCACUGAGAUAUAUCAGGACUUUGAGGAGUUCGAGAUCACGGUGCUUGCGGGAUCAGCCCUCCUCUUUCCUUAUGAGAGGUCGAUCAAUUUGGAUUCUGUGGAUUUUGAAGUGAAGCAUUUGGUUGUUUUGGACGGUACAUGGGCGAAGGCGAAGCGAAUAUACCAUGAGAAUCCGUGGCUAAAGCUUCUGCCACACUUGAAGCUGGAUCCAGGGAAGGAGAGCUUGUAUAGUGAAGUGAGGCAUCAGCCAAAAGCCGGGUGCUUGUCUACUAUCGAGAGCAUAGUUUGCGCUUUGAAGGGACUAGGGAAUGAUAUGGAGGGUUUGGAUGAGCUUUUGGAUGUCUUUGAGUCUAUGAUUGGGGAUCAAAGGCGCUGUAAAGAGGAGAAAUUCAGAGCUAUGUCACAGUCAUUACCGGGGACAUGAUUAUUUUUUCAUUUAUAUUGUUAUCUUAGAUUAUUGCAGAAAUUUUGACUGAAGAUGAAGCUGAGAUUUCGUCUGAUGGAAUGACAAGAUUUUGCAACCUUUUGGAUGCGUUUUCAGUCCAGAGGUUAUGUUAGGACAGUAGAAUUCGGACUAGUGCUUGAAUGUAGCGGCCUAUUCUUUAAUUUUUGAUUAGUAGACUGAUGUGCAUUUAGCCAAAGAGCCAAAAGUUUACUGUAGUUACCGCAAAAAAUUCUGAGUUUUGCAGUUUAUAACAAUUGUCAUUUUGGGUAUCUUACCUAUUUGUUUCAUUUUCAUUUCAAUGUCCUAACAUUUGUUAGCUUAAGUUGUUCGAAGAUCCAUCUUUAAAAGGAUGAAACAUUCUUCAAUGAAAUUUGUGUUUUCAGCAUCACCUUUUGUUACAAAAGUGGGUUAAUUGGCAGCUUCAAAACACUCUUUCUUCAUUUUCACUUGUCCUUGCUUUCUCUUCUUGUGCUUGUCAAUGCUCUAAAGAGCCCUUCAUGGGGAGACAGCCAACUCAAGCUGCUACAUAUCACAUACGCGAUAUGCAGCUGCAUAUGCCAGAAAAUAAGCAGCUCCAUAGUGAAAGUAACAUUGUUGC